AUGUCAAAACUCCUCGACUUUCGCUGCGCCGUCAUCACCGGCGGAGGCGGCGGCAUCGGCAAAGCCAUGGCACGAUACUUGGUCUCCAAGGGCAAGACCGUCCUCCUUGCCGGCCGCACAGAAUCCAACCUGCAGUCGGCGGCCAGAGAAAUCGGCGCGGCGGGCUACUACGUCGUCGACGUGGGCAAGACGGCCGACAUACCGCCCUUUGUGGGCCGCGUCACAAGGGAGCACCCGGAGCUGGACUGCCUGGUCAACAACGCCGGUGUCCAGCGGCCGCUCGACAUUGUCAAGGACGGGGCCUUUGUGGCCAAGGCCGACCGGGAAAUCGACAUCAACAUCCGGGGCCCCAUGCACUUGACCCUCGGGCUGCUGCCGCACCUGCAGGCGAGGCCAAACGCCGUCAUCAUCAACGUGUCGAGCAUUCUCGGAUUCGUUCCCUUUUCCGUCAUCAACCCCGUGUACAAUGGCACCAAGGCGUGGCUGCACUUCUGGAGCAUGAACCUGCGCACGCAGCUGCGGCAGGCUGGGUCCAGCGUGCGCGUGGUUGAGGUUGCGCCGCCUACGGUUGGGACGGACCUGCACCGCGAGAGGGAGGACCCCGACGACAACAAGAAGGGCAAGAAUCCGCAGUCUCUGAGUGUGGACGAGUUCAUGGGCGAGGUUUCCCGGAAGCUGGAGGCUGGGGACGAAACGAUAUCCGCCGGGGUUGGGAACGACAUUGUCGAAAAGUGGUACCGCACGUACGGCGCCCAGUAUGAUGAGGCGGCGUCUCAGAAAUAA